GAUGGCCAGAACCACCCUGAAAUACAAGAACGCAUCCGAAGAACAGCUCCAAAUAAUCCGACAAUGCAUCGACAAGCUCGCCGGGAUGGGCGAGGUGGACGCGUUGCGGGGUCUAGGCUUCAGUGUCAACGGUUUACUUUUCAACGCUGACGAGGACUACCGUCGCGAGGUCAUCAAUCGUGUCGCCAGGUCUCCGAGUAAAGAGCACCUGGAAGUGGCAAUUACGCUGGCGGGCAAAUACUCCAUGGAUGCGCUGGAGGUGUGGCUGCAGCACACGACGUUGCAGAACCUCACGCCUGCCUCGCUGCCGCCGAACACGCCGCCUCAACAAGCGCAUCAGCGCAUUCGCGAAGUCCUUUGGCCGCAACUACGUGGUGACGACCACAACGCGCUGAUCAGUUACUUCAGCCUCUUGAAGAGCCUGGAUGAGAAGCCUCUCCUAUUCGGUCUCACCGCCGCGGAACACAUCAAGCUACUGAAGAAAGCCAAGGCUGCUUCACCAGAACUCGACUACAAACUCCUAUUAGAACAGCCGGCGGCUGAUACUUUCUCGAACCACAUCCUCCGUAUUAUCAGGCCGGAGACAGUGGGCCUGCUCGCGAAAUUCCUGCGCAGUCUUCCCCCGACCUUCAAGAUACCAGUGCCGGUCAAUGUCAUUUACACUAUGUGGCUCACGAAGUACUUUUUCAGUGUACCGAACUUGGCAGCGACGAACAAGAAGUGGAUGCAGCAGUACCGUCAAUGCGCGUGCUAUUUCAACAAGCUCUCCAAGAACGACUUGCUCGUGUUCGUCGCCAACACCUGCUUCACUCGCGACGCCAUCGAUCGCGUACCAGCCGGAACGCGCAAUUUGAUGAUAAUGCAAGCCGUCGACUAUUGUCAGCAGGAACAAGAGAAUGACUUCAAAUUCAAUAAAAAUGCUUGCAGUGAUCCGUCCUGGGCGCAAGUAGGCCAGGAGCUAACGCGCUGGGCGCGCUUCUUGGAGAACUACUACUCGUCCACCAUACAGGGCAUCAUUGACACCAGCGGUGUUCCUCACGAUGAGAUAUGGCCUGAGAUUGAAAUGAGCCACGGCGAUCCCGACACGAUUGUCCUGUGCGCGAGUCAACUUGUGAUGCAAGGAGACAUGCGGGCGUCCGCCUUGACCACUGUGCUGCAGUGCCUCAAUGUGGACGCCCGUCCGGAACACGUCUUCCGCUGCAUUGCUGAAAACGUGUAUUCUGCCGAUGACAUCCAAAAACUGGUAACCCGUCUCACUCAAUACCACAACGACGGCGUCAAGUUCUCCGAUGAUCUGCUCGAGCGCAUCAUGCAAAAGGCCACCGAAUGUGGAUUGCCGCCGCACAAGCAAAUUAGUCUCCUAUCUCUGAGCCAAAAGACUCAAAUGCAUGAUAGCAGCGACCUAAUGAAGAUUGCUCAGUUCACUGCUGAUUUAUUAAGGGCUGAGUGGCCUGACUCUGGUUGUGCUGCUUCUCUUACGGAUGAGAAGCUGCUGAGUGAGGAGGGCCGACGCGAGACGUUCGCCGCGUUCAGCCAGGAUGCGGACACGUGGCAGCGCAAGAAGGCGCUCGUCGACGUACUGGUCUGCUGGCCACCUACCAGAGACGGAGAAACAAGGAGUCUCCAUUGCGAGUACCUGCAAUCGCUGUUGACUCCCUCCGCAGAUCACAAGGAGAACUUGGUCCUCAUCAAAUUACUGCUAAGGCGACCGCUGCUCAACCAAGAGGAGGUGCAAUAUCUAGUUGAAAACGCGCCCAAAGAAGCAGCAAUCAACGCAAUCUGGAUUGUACUACUCAGCAACGACGAACAUGACAAGGAACACAUACUCGACCUAAUAGCGCGACACAAGGAAACAAUUCAGAAACAAGAAAUCGAGGACGAUCUUGUAAAAGAACUUCUUGAUGCGAACAUGUUUUUGAGACUAGUCGCUACUCCUCUGUACACGACAGUUAUCAAUUAUAUCAUGAACAUGAAUCAAGAUUCUUCGAGUGGCGAACCAAGUUCAGAGUACACCAUACAAUGGGCAACUAACGAGCUUAUUAAAGGAAACUUUAUAGCAGAGGCUGGACAUCUCCGUUUAAUGGUCUUAGGAGUCCCGGUGCCUCUUAGGGGCUUCUCUGAGUCAGUUAUUUAUGUCAAAAAUAUGUUUAAGUAG